CGAGAUUCGAGACAAUAAUCCAAAGGCGGCUACUUCGAUCACAGUCAAUCACGCAAUCUGAAACAUUCGAUCCCCUUCAACAUAUGAUUCACAAGAAUGCAUUGCCAAGGAUGUGAAAGUCCUUGUAUCCGGCGCGUUCGUGAAUUGACUUGCGUCUUAGCUUCUCGUGACCGCACUAGGCUUGUCAAAGAUCCUCAAGUUGCCUAAUAAACAGCAGGCUGCACGUUCAGACUCUCGAGCCCAGUGAGUAUACCAGACACACUCGCAAUGCACACCUGCUUGCAGAUUUCGGAGAUUUUGAGAAUCAUUUUUGCAGAAGUGACACAGGUCACAGGUGGCGGCGUACAACCAUCAUAUGCCCUGUACCACCUGGCGUUGACGUGUCGAGCUUUCCGAGAGCCGGCGCUGGACGCCCUGUGGGCACAUAUACCAACGCCGGAUGUACUUGUCAUGUGCUUGCCUCAGGACGCUCGUUCUCAACCCAUGCUAAAAAUGACCAUGGAGAAUUUUGACCAGUUCGAAUGCACGCCUUCCGGGAUCGCCGCAGCAUUCAGGGUGAGGCUUCUCAGACCCUUGACCACUGAUGAUUGGGCUACCUUUCAAAUGUAUGCGCGUCGCGUACGCUCGCUCACUUUCGCAAAAUAUGAUGCUGAGUCCUACGCCCUGAUGAGAGAUCGCGGGCUGCACGAUAGCGCUGCGCUUGCUCUCCUGGGCUCUCCUGCUUUACCAUUCUCCCCGUUUCCUCUGCUUCGCGAGCUAUACUGGAAUGACCAGCGCGAUGUGCUUCUGCCUUGCCUCCAGCGCUGCAUUUCCAACUCCCUCACUCGACUAGUCAUUCAUUCGGAGCUUUGGCCAUCAGCAAUGGUCGAUCUCGUCGCAGGUCUAGGGAAGGCUUGUCCUAUGGUCAAAGAAUUUCGUUGCUCGAUGCCGCCCGCUAGUGCAUGUGCCAUGAUUUCUGAUAUCGUCACCUACUGGGAUGAUCUGGAGAUCUUAGAGAUGGGAGUAGUGAAUGCGCAGCAGGCAUUGCAGCAUCUUGCUUCCCUGGAGAAGCUGAGAGAGUUGAAGAUGCUCGUGCCAGAAGGUCACAGCCUGGACGAAGACUUGGCAUCGACGUUCAGCGUCAAGUUUUCGUUGGACGAGUUCAGUAUAACUGCUGCAAGGAUCGAGCCGCUUCUCGCUUUUUUGGCGCCUUUGAAAAUUUCUGCGAAGAGCGCGAAUCUGAAAAUCGACACAGCUUCAAAUGCGGAUGAUCUCGGCCAACUACUUUCCUCCCUCAUAGAGCACUUCUAUCCCAACGUUUUAGAAUCAUUGGAUGUUUGGAUGGCUCGCCCCACUGACCCCACCAAUCACGCCCUUUCCGAACUGAGUGCUUCCAUCUUUCAAAAGAUCCGGGCCUUUACAGGGCUCACCAAUCUUAAUCUCAGUUCAAUCCAUGCCUCUAUGACCGACCAUGAACUUCUAGACCUCAUUUCGGCUUGGCCGAAAAUGGAACAUUUUUACCUUAACACGGCCUGGGAUUGGGGGGUGGCCCGCUUGAGGGUAACGUUUCAUGGGCUUGCCGGUAUCCUCGAGCGCUGUCCAAAUCUGCGUUCCCUAGGGGUCGACCUAGACACCUCGCCUCCCCACGACCCACCUGUCUACGUUGAUAACCAAUACACUGGCAUCGCCAGGGAUAAAGUCACUGAACUCAACGUUGGGUCUGCGGAAUGCAACGACGUCGAGACCAUUGGUAGCCUGCUAGCUGAAAUGUGUCCCAACUUGAUUUCCAUCGGUCGCGCGUGUCCCGUAAAUCUCAAUUACGAAGAUCCUUCCGCAAAUAACGAAUGGUUUGAUGGGGAAGCAAAAUGGGAAGAGGUUAGAGGGUUCAUAGCUCAGAGGAGAAGUGGGCAGCUGGAGCAGAACAAUGUGUAGGAUUAUUACACUAGCGGUGUCUGAUGUAAAGAAUUGGUGCUGUUCACACGAACAGGUUGUAAAAGCGACUGCUAGUGAUCAUGUCUACUAGUAUUCAGUAAGGUAUGCAACCAAACUUGUUGGACUUUGAUGCAAAUGUCACUCCUUCACAUAAGCUCGUACACUCUGUUUUAUCCGAUUAUGACCAAAGGGCUUCAAUAUUUGGAGGUGUCCGCGUCGCGAGCCUCCUCGAGUAGCUUUCAGCGGACCUGAGCCUGCUGCAUGGCAUUACUUUGAGCAUGACCACGGUCGCAUCGGGUCUUCCUAAGAAUCUACAGUGCGUGUUGGAUACGUCAAUACUUAACCAGUAAAUUGCCAGGCCUGUGCGCUAGUAUCUCCGCCUUCGGAGUUCGCUAAGACCGUCCAAGGCCUAGGCAAAUCCCUCCGAUCAG